UGGAAUACAAUAUGGCUGCCAAAACAAAUCAUUUGUAGAGUAAAAACAUACUCCGUGAUUUAUCUUGGUUACACUCGCAUCAUUUAAUACAAUUAUAUUGCCAAGUUGGUGACGUACACAACAGGACAAAUGCCUUCUAAAAUGAGCGCUGUGGAUUUGAAGAAUCAAGGCAACAAAUUGUUUUCUGCUCGGAAAUACGACGACGCGAUCUCCUGUUACACGAAAGCUAUCAAUAAAAACCCAGGCACUGCAACAUUCUUCACCAACCGUGCUUUGUGCUACCUUAAACUGAGACAAUGGGAGCUUGCUGUACAGGAUUGCCAGCGUGCUCUUGACCUUGAUAGGUCUUUGGUUAAGGGCCAUUUUUUCAUGGGUCAAGCAUAUGUUGAACUAGGGCAAUACGAUGAAGCUAUUGCAAGUUUGAAGAGAGCCUAUGAUUUAGCCAAGGAGCAAAAGUUGAACUUUGGAGAUGACAUCACAGGUGCUCUGCGUCAUGCUAAGAAGAGACGCUGGAAUAUGAUAGAGGAACGACGCAUACAGCAGGAGAUAGAUCUGCAGACUUAUGUGAAUAAACUGAUCCUUGAGGACAGAGACAGGAAGAAGUCCGCCCUGAAGGAGAUGUCCGAGCACCAGGACUGUAACGAGGAGCUCGACGGAAUUGAUGAGUUUCAUGAAAACAAACUAAGAUCUGUGAAUAAUUUGUUUGGUCAGUUGGAUGACAGGAGGAAGAAGCGGGAUGUGCCUGACUUUCUGUGUGGGAAGAUUAGUUUUGAGAUUAUGCGAGAACCUGUCACUACCCCAAGUGGUAUCACCUACGACAAGAAGGAUAUCAUCGAACACUUGCAGAGGGUGGGUCACUUUGACCCAGUAACACGGACAGACCUGACCCAAGAACAGCUGAUUCCCAACUUGGCCAUGAAGGAAGUGAUCGACACAUUCUUGGAGGAGAAUCCAUGGGCAGAGGAAUACUAGACUUUGUGUGUGCAUGUGCGUGUGCGUUGGGCGCGAGCGCAUGUGUGUGCACGAGUGUGUGCGCAUGUGUGUGUUUGCUGCAGACAGAUAUGUUCAGCUGUGAUAUCAGGGUAUGCGCUGGAUUGAGAACUGUUGUUAUUGUUACGAACUCUGUUUGUAAACUGUCACUUUGUCUCUUAGCAUGCUCAGCAAAUAUGGUCACUACAUUUUAAAGUCACAUUUACUGCUCAAAAGCCUCAUGCUUAACACACUUGAUAGAUGAGUGAAAUGUAAACUGUCCCGGAGUUUAAUCAGUUUGAGGUUAUGAUAAUUGUUGUGAUGGAUAGUACAUCAUGAGGCCUUACCUGUAAGGUAAUAUGUAAAGAUAUGGUUUUUGUGAUAGAUAAGCUGUUUAACAACCCUAUCACUGAAACAAGUACAUCUAAAGCUGUGGUAACUAUCUCUAUGCUGCUCCCUACAAACGAUUUUGAUCCAUAGCGACAAGUCAAUAUCAAGACUGUUUAUAGGGAGCAGUACCUAUAUGGUUCCAACAGCUUCAUUUAAAGUCAAGAUAACUGUGUUGAAAUGAUGAUUACGGCCAUCUACAACGUCAGGUGUAUGAUAUGUCUUAACUGAACAUUGUCUAUUAUCUACAAUGUGCAUAAGAUUUACAAGUUAAAGGAUUUUACUGGAAUGUUAUUAAUCAUGUUUUAUGUGUUAUAAUGUGUGUGUAUGAAUGCAUGCACACAUGGAAAUGCGGAGUGUGCAUGUUCUGAAUAUAUUCUAAUUGUCUCCAAGGUAUUGUUGAGUAAUAUGUAAAUUAUCAGCAGAAUUUGUGAAAAUAUGACAUGAUACUAUUCCAUGUGUGAGACUGGUGUGAGUGAUUAUUGCUUACCUCCACAUCACUAAUCUUGCAGCAAUGUGCAGUGAGCCUAUUCCUUGUACGUGUAUAUUACUUUAGAGAAGUUGAAAAACACCCAAUUUUUUCAUAUGACAAAACCGGGUGUUCUUUACCUCCUUUUUUAGUAGUAUAUAUUAUAUGUAUGAUGAUGGUGGUGUUAUCAAGUAUUAGGGAUGUAUCGAUACACCUUAUGAUGCAACAGGGAAGUGCUACAUCCCUGUCCACAUAUACUGUGCUUUCCGUUGCAGUGUUAUACUAAUAAAACAAGUUAAGGACCAUCCAAUUCUUUCAUAUUACUUCAGUUCAUCUGUCAUGCCAUGACAGAUUAGCUGUAAUUAUAUGAGAGGAACGAGCGGGCCUCUACUUGUUUUUGGUAUUAUUUUUUGUUUUAUACAUUUUAUUUCACCUUUUCCCUGUUACAUGAGGAGGAUGGCCAUCCAGGGCAAUGGUCACCCUCACAUUCUGAAGACAAUGUAUGUAUACAUUUGGGAAAAAUUAAAUACAAGUAUUGGAAAUGGUGCCAAGGUGAUUUUUAAGAAAUAUAACAAAACAUACACACAGUCAAGCAUUCAAAAUAUUAUUCAAACACUGAUCCUGGCAAGAAACAAAUAUGAGAAAGAGAUACGUACAUAUGUUAUUGCUGUUCUGCUUCUUCAAACAAUAUGUGAUAAGAUCCAUGAUUUAUAAAAUGUUGCUACAUUACCAUUUGUAAAGGCUAUAUUCUUCUCAAUUUUGAAUCUCAGACAAACAUCUUUUUGAAGUUUUGGGUAUUAUAUUACCUGCAUCAUUGUGAUGCUGACAGUAGCCAAUGGGAAACAUCCACGAGCCAUUUGCUGCAAUGUGUGGCAUGCUAUGAAUAUAUUCACCACUCAUUAACCCAUCCUUUACAGCAGCACAGCCAUGAUUAAACUGUCUCCAGUACUCCUGUAACAGCUGUGUAGAGUCUUCCCACAACAGCACAUAUAGCACAUUGUAUUAGAUACUUAGUCACAGAGUAAAUGAGUAUGAUUUAGAUAAUAUUCUAAGUGGUAAGUAGCAACACAUUGAAUUUAGAAAAAUGUCAUUUUUUCAGGUGUGUAUAUAUUAAUAUGUGACUUUCACAAUAUUGGAUUGCUCACACUUAGGUUACUUGCAAUUUCAUCCUGCAAGAUAAUGCAGCUUGUAGAUAUGUGGAACGGUACAAUUGUUGUAUAAAACUGGUGACAGCGCUUGUAUAUUUCCUGGAGAAUAGUAUUUGUUUGUUCAUAUGGUUUGAGAAAUAUGUGUGAUUCUUGCCCUAAUCAUAGCAGUGUAAAUACCAUAGGAUAACAGCUGAUGAUGCAACAAUUAUCGGCCUCAGUGUGUGUGGUGAAAUCCCACUUUGUGUGCUAUCUCAUCCAAAUCAGAUUUUAGUGCUCGCUACCAAGCACUAAGAUCUGAUUUAAAUGAGAUUGGUUUCUGGGUGAUGAGCUUUUAUUGUGAUGGGUGUAACAGUCCCGAUACAUUGACUGAUAUAGCUGUAGCAUACUGGUCAUAUGAAUGGUUGAGAAAAUGUUCGACAUAUGUUCUUAAAAUAUAUAAAGUGCUCAAGAACUAACACGUAACAUCGUGUAAACCUCUAAGAUUGUAUUUCGAUCCGAGAAGCAUCAUGAUACAUAGUUAUAGUGCAGUCUUGCUAGUCUCAUCCAUACAGUGUAGGGAGGAACUUGAGGGGAUUCUGGGCCAGGUCACUUGCCACAUGGAGACUGGGUUGGCAUAAUGUGUGACCUGGUUGGAAGCUUGUCAUGUUGUCAUGGAUCGUGGCUUAUGUCAAACACUGGCUGCUUAUGUCAACCUAGGCUGAGUUAAUGAUAUAGCCAGACAAUUGGUGACUGUGGCGUGAACAUACUCACAGGAUAGCUGCGUUAGUGAUGCUGGAAUAGUGAAGGGACGAAGUACACAUGGGGCACCUGCUGUUGGUGGUCAUGUUAAACUGUAUUGGACUUCACAGCACAGUCAUGCAUCUAGUGUGAUCAGCCUUUGAAAUUCACGCUACUCUCCUAGCCUGAGACUACUAAAUUGGACAGGUAAAAUGCCAAUGAAUACUCAUUGACUGGUUCCAUAUGAGGGCUAUACUCUGAACCAGUUUUCAAAGCUUCAAUGUACAUACACAAGUUUGUUUAUCACACUAGCCAAGUUAAUAUUUUGGUAAAAAUAAAUAAUUAUACCAAAAACUAUGAACAAUGUCUUGAAAGGAAGAAAGUGUGCUGCCAAAGGUCAAAAUUACAUUAUUGUUCAAAGUGGAAUUUAUACUUUCUAAUGCUAAUAUUAUUUAUCCUUAUGUUUAACCUCUGAUUUGAAGAAAAGGGUGCUCAAGAAAGACUUCUAUACAACUCAGAAGAAGUUAAACAACUCCAUUAACUUCUUUUGAGUUUUAUGCUUUCUUUAUCUAGCCAAACUGUCAUGUUGUUAGGAGGAUCCAUAUGUUAUGAUUGCAUGCAGAGGCAGGUAUGGUUUCAUACAGAUAUAUUUAUUAUGGUUGUAUUUAUAUAAGAGUAUUUGAAUCUACCUAUUGUCUGUUGAUUAUUAACAUUUGCUUUAUUUCUUCACUUACUCACCAUGUCCAUGUUUGUUUUAAGGAAGUAAAAGGUAUGAGUGAUUUGAU